UUAAAGAUUGAUUUCAGGUCGUAAGUUUUAUUAUUAGAUGAAUAAAAAAUAAUGGCUCUUGUUCUAAGGAAAACCUUGAUUUCUCAGAUGUUUCCUGUCAGAUUCAUCUCUUCUCAUUAUACAAAAGUUGGUGGUAGUAGGAUUCACUAUGUGCGAUCUGGGACGGGGACGGAGCCAGUGCUUCUUCUACCUGGAGCUUUAGGUUCAGCUCUUUCAGACUUCUCUCCGCAGUUUGAAGGAAUAUCGAAGGAUAAAUUCACCUUAAUUGGCUGGGAUCCCCCUGGGUAUGGGAAGUCUAGACCUCCAGAUAGAAAUUUCGAGGAUUUUUUCUCCAACGAUGCAAACUCCGCUCAAGGUCUGAUGUCAGAACUAGGGUACCGCCAAUUCUCCGCCGUCGGAUGGUCAGAUGGCGGAAUAACUGGCCUUAUUCUUGCCGCUAGGUUCCCGAAGUCAGUGAAGAGGCUGGUUGUAUUUGGUUGCAAUGCUUAUAUAUCAGAAGAAGAUAUCAACAUGAUAAAUCAGGUUGCAGACGUAUCCAAGUGGUCAGAAAGGAUGAGUGAACCUAUGUACGCUAUGUACGGAGAAAGCUUCCCAACCCUCUGGUCAGCCUGGUGCAACGAGUACAAGAAUAUUUAUAAUAAAGGAGGAGAUAUCUGUUCCUCUGACUUGAAGAAUAUCUCUGCUCCAACCCUAGUGAUCCACGGGAAUAAGGACGUUAUGGUGGCAGAAGAACAUUUAGAACAUUUAACUUCGAAUAUUCAAAACUCCAGAUCGUUUGUGUUUGAAAACGGAAAACAUAAUCUACAUUUCAAAUAUCAGAAGGAGUUUAAUUCAAUUGUAGAAUCUUUCCUUACAGAAUAAAUUCGCCAUUUUAUUUUAGA